AUGGCCUUAGUAAACUGGUUGGGCGAGUUCUGUGCGCCUUGUGGGAGAACAACCCAGGUAUACUGUUUUAAUGCGUGGGUAAAUGCAAACAAGUACUGGCAGGAGGGGUCCAAUGGGACACUAAAGAAGGCAUUUGCCAAAUCGAUGACAGUGAAAAUCUUUGCAGAUGGGGGAACCCCAGACAGAAGAGUGUGCGGAUUGGGGACAAGUGGCGUCUCCAAAACGGUGGCCUCGUUCACUGCUCUAAGAUCCUGUACCAACCGAAACUUAUCCGGACCUGUACCUCGUUACUACAGAUAUUUCCUGGCUUAUGUGCUUGCUAUUCAAGAGAUCAACAGUAACUCUGAUAUUUUACCUAAUGUGACUUUGGGGUACCAUGCAACUGACUCCUGUAGACAUGUGGUUAAAGCAAUAGAGGGUGUAUUGUGCAUUUUAUCUGGACAGAGAUAUGCAGUACCCAACUACUCUUGCCAAAAUCACGACAAUCUAAUUGGUAUUAUUGGAGAUCAAUCUUCAGACACAUCUUUGCACAUGGCUCAGUUGUUAAAUAUUUAUGGUUACGCACAGAUCAGCUAUGGUGCAACAGAUCCUCUUUUAACCAAUAAGCUGUUCUACCCAUCCUUCUUCCAAACACUCCCGGGUGAUCAGACCCAGUGUCUGGCAAUCAUUAAGCUGUUGAAACAUUUUGGUUGGACAUGGAUUGGUGUUAUUACAUCUGAAGAUGAUGCUGGAGAGAAACAAAGUCAAGAGCUAACCCAACAGGCCGCUGAACAUGGCAUCUGUAUUGAGUAUACAAUAAGCUUACCUUCUGGUCAGACCAGCAAGCGACGGUCUACCCUAAAUAAGAGAAAACAGACCCUUUACAGUUCGACUUCUAAUGUGGUUGUACUCUGUGGCACCGUAUCAUUGUACCCAAUAUAUUUUAUUGAAAGUGAAUGCAAGUUUGGUCAUGUAAAGACAUUAGUUGUUUCAGCAAAUCCAAUUCCUCAUCUUCAACUUAAUGCAGAAGGAAAAUCUUCACUCCAUGGAAGCCUGAUAUUUUCACCAAACACUAAAACAAUCCCAGAUUUGAAGAGAUUUUUAGAGGAGACGACCGUAACAAAUAAUCCAGUACCUACCAGCAGUAACCACCAGAAGUACCUGCCAGCAGUACCAGCCAGCAGUACCCACCGGCAAUACAAGCCAGCAGUAACCACCAGAAGUACCUGCCAACAGUACCAGCCAGCAGUACCCACCAGCAAUACCCACUGGCAGUACCAGCAAGCAGUAACCACCAGCAGUACCCACUGGCAGUACAAGCCAGCAGUACCUACCAGCAGUAACCACCAGAAGUACCUGCCAGCAGUACCAGCCAGCAGUACCCACCGGCAAUACAAGCCAGCAGUACCUACCAGCAGUAACCACCAGAAGUACCUGCCAGCAGUACCAGCCAGCAGUACCAACCAGCAGUACCCAACAGCAGUACUAGCCAGUAGUACCCAUAAGCAGUACCCACCAGCAGUUCCUGCCCUGGAGGACAGCCGGCAGCAGCUGCCAACCAUACCUGCCUGGGGGACAGCAGCAGCCAGUGAUACCUGCAGGAAUCCUGAGGAAGAAGUGAAGAUUGAGAUUCCUGUGUCUACAUGUUCUGAACACUGCCCACCAGGGUAUAGAAGUGUUAUGAAGAGGGGACUCCAUCGGUGCUGCUUUGAAUGUUUGCAGUGUUCAGAAGGAGAAAUAUCCAAUGAAACAGACAAAGGAUCAUGCCAUACAUGUCCAGAAGACCAGUGGCCAAAUGACAACAGAUGUGUGCCAAAGCCUGUGGAAUAUCUAGCUUUCAGAAGUGAAACAAUAAUUCAACUUGUUUCCAUUAUGUCAGUGUUAUUAUUUCUUAAAACUUCUACAAUUUUGGGAAUCUUCAUUGUAUUUCGGGACACUCCACUUGUCAGAGCCAAUAAUCAAACUCUGAGCUUUAUACUCCUAAUCUCCAUCAUGUUAAGUUUCAUUAGUGUGUUUUUAUUUUUGGGCCGUCCAGUACACACAACCUGUAUGUUGCGUCAGACGUCAUUUGCAAUCAUCUUCUCAGUUGCAAUCUCUUCUAUUUUGGCAAAAACUAUUAUGGUCUACUCAGCGUUUAAAGCCACCAAACCUGGAAGUCCCUGGAGGAGAUUUAUUGGUAUAAAAAUCACAAACUGUCUGGUUUUCCUUUGUUCUUUCAUUCAGGUUUUAAUUAGUAUUAUUUGGUUAUCUAUUUCCCCUCCUUACCCAGAAAGUAACACUCAUUUGUAUGUGGACAAAAUAAUCAUUCAGUGUAAUGAAGGAUCUGUGGUGGCAUUUUCCAUACUUCUGGGUUACAUGGGACUUCUAGCAGCUGUGACUUUGAUUAUGGCUUUCCUGGCAAGAAAUUUACCAGACAGUUUUAAUGAGGCCAAAUACAUCACCUUCAGCAUGCUGGUGUUCUGUAGUGUCUGGGUCUCCUUUAUCCCAGCUUAUAUGAGUGUUACAGGAAAGAACACUGUACUCGUAGAAAUAUUUGCUAUAAUAGCAUCUAGUUGGGGCAUUUUGGGUUGUAUAUUUUUACCAAAAUGUUAUGUUAUCCUGGUGAGACCAGAUUUAAACUCAAAAAGUAACUUACUAAAACAAGCACACAAUAGACUGAGCAAUAACAUGUAAAUGACCCGUAGAAACCUUCGCCACUUCAAUCCUUCUCUUCUCUAU